AUGUCCUGGGCAACGGUCCUCACAACCACAGCCUUCUAUGCCAUCUACCCCGUCACCAUCACCGCCAACAUCCUACUGACCGUUCUACAAGCACUCGCCACUCCCUGCUCGCUAUACAUCUUCCUCAGCGUCGCUGGUGCCCUUGGUGUGUCCGCGGGGAUAUCUUUGCAUUUCUUGUCUGGGUAUAUGCAUCAAUUGCUUAAUAUCAGCCCUGGAAGCGAGGACAACGAAUUCCCAGACAGCAAGAAUAAAAUAGUUGGUGAUGGUAGUAGUAAUAGCCGCUAUCUACCCAGCCCAAGCCAAAAAAUCAGACGUAGAAAUAAGAAGGGGGAUGAGGAACGGACGGGAAUGCGGGGUUUGUGGCGAUUGCCCGCGUUUAAGACAGAGCGAGUGGGUAAGGGGUUGGGCAAAUGGGAAAGUGAAGAUGAAGAUGAAAAGGAAAUUGGGAAUAGGAGUGGUAGUGAGUGGAUUUAUAAGGGGGAGAGGGAUAAAGAGAACCUGCUUGUGACGAUGAUUCUGGAGGAGGAUGAGGAGGAGGAUGACGAUGGUGAGGGUAACAUGGAUGAGGAUGAGGAUGAUGAUUGUGAUUAUGAUUAUGAUGAUGAUGUUGAUGAUGAUGAUGAUGAUGAUGAUGAUGAUGAUGAUGAUGAUGAUGAUGAUGAUGAUGAGAGGAUAUAAUCCACUAUCUGAAUGAGUAUUGCUGGAAUCCGUAUGUUGAUUUGCUUGUUAUUUUUGCCUACG